ACUGGAAGCACGGCAGACGGUGACGUCACGACCAUGCUUGGGCAUAUAUAAGUCCAAGGCAGCGGCACUGCCCAUUGUUCGUGCGGCUGUUUUAGAGGAGAAGGUCUACUCGUCUGAGUAAUAAGAUAUCGCUGUUAUAGUCAAAAUGGCAGAUAAACCAGACAUGCAAGCAAUCCACUCAUUUGAUAAAUCACAGCUGAAGAAAACGACCACUCAGGAAAAGAACCAGUUGCCGACUCAAGCGGAUAUUGAAGCGGAGAAAAAGAAUGCCGAUGGGUCGUAACAAAGCCUGAAUGUAGAAUUUUUACUUGGUUCUAUCUUUGAACUAGUUUAUUCUUGGUCUCAUGACCAUGUAAGCUGGAGAACUGAAGGACUUUCUCUAAAUGACACCAGAGACUUGGUUGGAAUGAGUUCUGUGGCUGAACACUAUUGGAUGAGAACCUGUAUUGUGUAAUUAAAUAAAAUUGUGCAAUAUGUGAAAGUG